AUGGAAGACUACGGCGGCAGUGGAAUGGAAUACCAGACCCAGUAUCAGGACGCAUACGACGUGGCGCCAAAUUUGAAUAACGGAGACGCUCAGAAUAGCAAUAACAACAACAAUCACAUAGGAGGGGACAACCAAAGCAGCAACGAAGCGCAAAACAUCUCGCGCUCGGGUAGUGCACAGGGCGACACAGGAGAUAGACCAAGAACCAAGAGGACAAGGGCAACAGGCGAAGCGUUGAACGUUUUGAAGCGGGAAUUCGAUGAUAACCCAAAUCCAAACGCUCAAAAUCGUAAACGUAUUUCGGAACUGACAGGACUUCCUGAGAAAAAUGUUCGUAUUUGGUUCCAAAAUAGACGUGCCAAGCACCGCAAGUCGGGAACCGCACCUGGUGGAGGUAUGGGUGGCGCUGGUGGCAACUCCCACAGUCGAGGACCCGGAAGAAACGGGAGUUCAGUCACGACCACUACAGAUGUAAGUGCUGCUACCAAUGCUGCAUAUCCAGCAGCAGACUUUGAUCGCAUCCCGCUGGACACAAAUCCAAACUACUGCUUUUUGGACGUCAAAUCUCUCACUGUGGGUACUUGGAAACGUCUGAAAAGUGGAAAUUUGAAAAAAGAAGAACUUCCAACUCUUCAAAGUCUCUCAAAUUUGUCGCCGUUCUCAAUCAACGAGAUUAUGGCCAAUGCCACAGAUCUUAUGGUCUUGAUAUCCAAGAAGAAUCAUGAAAUAAACUAUUUUUUCAGUGCUAUCGCAAACAACACCAAAAUAUUGUUCCGCAUUUUCUUCCCAAUGAACACUGCUGUGAAUUGCUCUGUUGCGGUCGCCUCAGAAGAAUCGCCCCACCCUGGACAAGAAGACGACGAGGACUCUCACUCCACCGAUGAGGUACGAAGCAAAGAUCAGCUCUUUGAGCUUCGACUCAACGUCACCAAAUCCCCAACCUUCGCAGUAUAUUUCUCUGACGGCGUAGAUCAGUAUUCCUCAAACCAAUGGUCCAUCUGUGAAGAUUUUUCAGAAGGAAGACAAGUGAGCGAAGCUUUUGUUGGAGGAACCAAUUUCCCCCACGUCAUAGUGGGUACAAAGGAGCACUUGGAUUUUAUGAAUGAAACGAUACAGGAUUACGGUGGCAGAUCUCGAGACCCCCUGAAUGUUUCCGACGCGCAACCUCUCAUACUCCAUCCUGAACCUCACUCCAUGGGUCAGCACCAGCAGCCUUUUUUUGAUAGUUUCAACGAUCAGGAUGGCAUGUAUGGAAUGAAUGAACAAAACAAUGGUCAGUUUGCUCCCUCUUCAACUGCACAGGCUCAGUCCUACACGCAACAGCCCCAAUCAUCUACCGAAAAUGAACAUGUACCGUCCAACUACACCGACCCUAAUGUACCACGAACCCCAGAUUUUUUAAAAUCAGACGUUGGAAAUGAAGAACAAGGAGGCCUUAAUAAUCUCUUGAUUUUCGAGGAUCAAAACAACUCAAACACCAAAAAUGUUCCAAACUACUACUGA